AUGGCACAAACUAGUACACUCAUCUUGUCCGAGGCUCUCUCAUCAUUGCCCUCAGUACAAGCUUCACAUCAACGACUCCGCACUCAAACACGCUUCACCAUCCAAAACCCCUCCUCACCAGCUCCGGUGCUAGUUAUCCUCGACGAUGACCCAACAGGAACACAAACAUGCCACGACAUCACUAUCUUGACAGUCUGGGAUGCCCAAAAUCUAGUCUCGACGUUCAAGCAAGUCGGGACUGGCAAUGGCUUCUUCAUUCUCACCAAUUCACGCGCCCUGCACCCCCAGCAAGCACGUGAUCUCAUGAUCGAGAUCUGCACCAAUCUAAAGGCAGCUUCUCAAGAGAUAAAGCUCCCUUAUGAAAUUGUGCUACGUGGUGAUUCUAUCUUACGAGGUCACUUUCCUCUUGAGCCUGAGGCGGUGGAGCAUGUGAAUGGCGCGUUUGACGCGUGGAUCUUGUGCCCGUUCUUCCUCCAAGGCGGACGAUACACUAUUAACGAUAUUCACUAUGUUCAUGAGGGGGACAAGCUCAUCCCUGCAGCCGACACGCCUUUUGCCAAGGAUGCGACAUUUGGAUACAAGAGUUCUAAUCUUCGGGACUACGUUGUUGAGAAGUCGAAGGGAAAGAUUCCACACGACAAUAUUGACUCUAUCGAUUUGGAGACUAUCCGUGUCGGUGGCCCGGAAGCAGUUCUGAAGCAGAUCAUGCAGCCCCCAAAGCGAGGCGACACCCCUGUUGUGCUGGUCAUUAACGCAGCUGCAGAUGAAGAUAUCGACGUUGUCGUCACUGCGUUACUUCAAGCGUCGCAGCAAGGGAAGAAAUUCUUGUACCGAACAGGCGCCGCUUUUGUCUCAGCGCGUCUGGGUAUAUCAUCUAUUCCGCCACUUUCAGCUGGCCAGCUCGGGCUGUCCAAGAGUGUUGGUGGUCUCAUCAUCGCAGGUUCAUACGUACCCAAAACCACCGCGCAACUAGACUCCCUGGUUCAAAAGUCAGGAAGCAACCUAACAACGAUUACGCUCAACGUCAAAGCACUCCUCAAAUCCGACGAGGCAGCGAAAGAAGAUGUCGCAAAAGCAAUUGAACUUGCGUCACAGCAUAUCAAGAACGGACAGGACGUUCUGGUCAUGACAAGCCGGGAGCUCAUCGUCGGGAAAGACGAAGUUGAGAGUCUAGAUAUCGGCUCAAAUAUUGCCCUAGCUCUGGUGUCGUUCCUGCAGGGACUAGAGCAGAAGCCUCGUUACAUCAUCGCCAAGGGCGGAAUUACGUCGUCGGAUAUGGCGACAAAGGGAUUGAGGAUGAAGCGUGCUCUUAUUGUUGGCCAAGCUGCGCCUGGAGUUCCGAUGUGGCGAUGCGAUGAGCCAGAGUCAAAAUGGCCGGGGUUGAACUAUGUUGUCUUCCCUGGAAACGUCGGGCAUAAUGAUAGUUUGUAUGAGGUCGUGAGACAGUGGAGGGAGUUUGAGUAG